AUGAGCCAACUUGCCUUGGAAUAUCGGGAAAUACUGCGUGCGCAGAGUCGAUCUAUGUUGGAGAACAUGAACCAUCAGCAUAUGACGACAAAAACAUACAAAGAAACAGAGCAGACCAUCUCAGGGGUCACAUUCUUUGGUUUAAAUCCAAGUAUUUUUGCCAGACCAGACGUGUUUGGAGAUUCUGACGAGCCACCUAUUGCCACGAUGUACCAAGCAGAGAAAGCCGGAACAAGCGUCGAAUGCGAGAUUAGUCCAAUGGAGAACCGAAAGGGUGAAUCAGCAAAGGAGGACGUGAAUUAG